AUGGAAAAGGGAUAUGCUGGAUGGAGCAGGGCUAUAGUCAUCGCACUAUCAGCCAAGAACAAAGUUGUUUUCAUUGAUGGAACCUCCUCAGAGCCAGACUCGAAUUCUCCUCAGUAUAAAGCAUGGAGUCGUUGUAACGAUAUGUGCAAUGGAGCACAACUAUACCAACUCCAAAAGGAACUCUCUGAUGCUACUCAAGGAGCCUCUGAUAUAGCAGGCUGCUUUACUAAAAUUAAGAAAAUAUCGGAUGAAUUAGAUGCACUUAACACUGCUGAUCAUUGUACCUGCAAGAGCUCUUGUGGAGGAAAGGCAAAAACUAUCAAGUCACUUCAGGAUGGCAGGCUGAUUCAGUUUCUCAUGGGUUUGAAUGAAGCUUACUUAGGGGUUAAGAGCAACAUCCUCAUGAUGGGUCCUUUGCCCACAGUCAGCCAUGAUUACUCCCUGCUCAUGCAAGAUGAGAAACAAAGGCAUGUUCAUGUGGCUUCUCAUCUUUCUGAUGCAGCCUUCAUGGUAAGUAAUCAGAAGUUCAACACUGCUCAGAGGUUGAUAGGUUUCACAAGUGAUUUCAAAUUCACAAAAUCCAAGAGGAUGCAAGCUGAUGCACAAAGCAAUGUUUUCACUGUUGGUUCUGAUGCUAACAACAUGCAACCAAUUCAGGAUCAGGGAAGUCUCUCUAAUGGAAAUGUCAUAACACAGGAAGAAUUCACUCAGCUUUUUCAAUUACUGCAAGAGGUGAAAGUUGGACAACAAAGUGAACAAACUUCUUAUGAUAAUGUUUCUUCCAACUGUGCUGGUAUCAUUACCCCUUUUCUUAACCCUAAUUCUUUUUCUUUAUUCUCUCAUACUACUUCUAACUUUUGGAUACUUGACUCUGGAGCUUCAGAGCAUAUGACAUAUGAUAAAUCUUUAUUGUUUGACAUUAAACCUUUGCGUAGAGCAGCCCCUUCAAUGAAGAGGGUAGUAGUUCUUGGUGAAGUUCAGCAUGGGCUUUAUCUACUCAAAUCAGCUCCUGUCAAGUCUAGUUCAGUUUCAGUUAUUCCUAGUUUAAUUUCUACAAAGAAUCUAGUUUCUAGUUCAGUUUGUAAUAGCACUACUAGUCCAGUUGUUUCACUCUCUCAGCCUAGUGUUUCCAAAUUAUCUUCAGAUGUAAGCCUUUGGCAUCAAAGAUUGGGGCAUUUGCCUUUUACUGAUUCUCCCAUUCUAUCUACUUCCAGUAGCUCCCAUCCUCAGAGUUCACCUUCUCCUUCUCCUAUUUCAUCACCUCUCACCCCUGUUCCUUUCCCUGUUUCUACCCCUGUUUCCAGCCCUUCUAUUUCUCCCUCUAUUACUCCUGCUCCCAUACUUAGACAUUUCACUAGAGUAUCUAAUCCUCCUUCUUAUUUGGCAGAUUACAUAUGCAAUAGUAUUUAUUUAACUAACCUGAUUGCCUCUUGUUUUGCAGCUUCACCUUGCACUACUGUUUUACCAUUUUCUGCUCUCACUAAGUCAAAUCAAAUCUUACUUAAAUCUAUUUCCCAUAUCCCUAAACCAGUUACGAUUUUAGCCUCUUUGCACCCAUGUUCGCGGGAAGCAAUGGCAAAAGCGUCUGAGGCUUUGGAAGCCAAUCAAACUUGGGAUGUAGUUGAACUUCCUCGAGAUAAAAAAGGCUCUACUAUAUAA